AUGGAAAAGAACAGAGUCCACGCCGAUGCCUCCAACUUCGCCGAGGGCGUGACCAAGGUGGAAGCGUACGAACAGGUCCUCCUCCACGCCGAGGGUCUGGUAAGUACUCUCUCUGUGGCUUUUCAACCUCUCCAACGCGGCCUCCCUCCUCUGGGACGCGCUGCACUCCCUCGCUGCGCCGAGCAACGCCCGUCAACUGGGCGGGCUUCUACGUCCUGGAUCCCCUGGCACCGGGGCAGCUCAUCCUUUGGCCCCUUUCAAGGCAAGGUGGCGUGUCAGACGAUCCGGUUCGGGCGCGGCGUCUGCGGCACGGCGGCGGCGACGGCCGCGACGCAGCUCGUGCGGGACGUCGAGGCGUUCCCGGGCCACAUUGCCUGCGACGGCGACAGCAAGAGCGAGAUUGUGGUGCCUAUCGUUGCCAAGGGGGGCAAGGUCGUGGCCAUUAUCGACAUUGAUUGCACUGUGCUCGACGGGUUCGACGAGGUCGACCAGCAUUGGCUCGAGAAGCUGGCGGCGUUGCUGGCUGAGGGUUGUGACUGGUGA